CAUCACCAACCCAACCGUUGCUCAGUUCGUCACGCGUCUCCCUUUGCAACAGUUUGGGUAGGAAUCGGCGUGUCAGAAUUAACAAACCGACAUUUGAUCUCAUCUGAUUCGUCCCCGGAUGCGGAGUGCCCACUCCGUCAUCCUCCACAUCGGGAAUCCACGUCCCUCUUCCUGUCCUCCUCUGCUCCCCGCGCCAAAAUAUAUACUCCCUCCGCCCCUCCAUCGCCUCCCUCAACUUCCUGCGCCGCGCCGCGUUCCUUUUCCUCCGUCGACGACGAGCGCGCAGAAGGAGCCUUGGCUUUGGAUUCUAGAAAGGCGGACAGAGCCUAGUGACCGGCUGGUUCCAAGAAAGAAGGGCAGUUACGAUGGAUGGCGCAGCGGAGCCGGCGCCGGCGGCGGCCGGCAAGUUGGAGAAGAGCUACUUCGACGUGCUGGGGAUCUGCUGCCCGUCGGAGGUGCCGCUCGUGGAGAAGCUCCUCGAGCCGCUCCCCGGCGUGCACAAGGUGUCCGUCGUCGUGCCCUCCAGGACCGUCAUCGUCCUCCACGACGCCUCCGCCAUCUCCACCGCCCAAAUCGUCAAGGCGCUGAACCAGGCGAGGCUGGAGGCGUCGGUGCGGGCCUACGGCGGCGCCAGCCAGAAGACCACCAACAAGUGGCCGAGCCCGUACGUGCUCAUCUGCGGCGUGCUGCUGGUGGUGUCGCUGUUCGAGCACUUCUGGCGGCCGCUCAAGUGGUUCGCGCUCGCGGGGACCGCCGCCGGCCUGCCGCCCAUCAUGCUCAGGAGCUUCGCCGCCGCCAGGAGGCUCACCCUCGACGUCAACAUACUCAUGCUCAUCGCAGUUGCUGGGGCAAUAGCUCUGAAGGACUAUUCCGAGGCUGGGUUCAUUGUCUUCCUCUUCACCAUAGCCGAAUGGCUCGAGACCAGGGCAAGCCGCAAGGCCACUGCUGGAAUGUCGGCACUUAUGAGCAUGGCACCACAAAAUGCUAUUCUGGCAGAGACUGGGCAAAUAGUUGCUUGCCAGGAUGUGAAGAUCAAUACAACAAUAUCUGUCAAGGCAGGAGAGGUAGUGCCGAUCGAUGGUGUUGUCGUCGAUGGACGGAGUGAGGUUGAUGAGAGCACUCUCACCGGGGAGUCCUUCCCGGUGUCCAAGCAGGCCGGCUCCCAGGUCUGGGCUGGUACCCUCAACAUAGAUGGUUACAUUGCGGUGAGGACAACUGCUAUGGCUGACAACUCUGCAGUGGCGAAAAUGGCAAGGCUCGUCGAAGAAGCCCAGAACAGUAGAUCCAGUACUCAGAGGCUGAUUGAUACGUGUGCUAAGUAUUACACGCCUGCUGUUGUUAUCAUGUCUGGAGCAGUAGCGCUGAUCCCUGUAAUAGUCAGAGCACACAACCUCAAACACUGGUUCGAAUUGGCCCUAGUCCUCCUUGUGAGUGCUUGCCCAUGCGCUCUAGUCCUGUCAACGCCCGUUGCCACCUUCUGUGCUCUACUGAGGGCCGCGAGGACAGGUGUUCUCAUCAAAGGAGGGGAUGUCCUUGAAUCCUUGGCCAGUAUCAAAGUUGUCGCCUUCGACAAAACUGGUACAAUUACUAGAGGAGAGUUCUCUGUCGAGGAGUUUCGGACAGCUGACGAGCGUGUUCCGAAGCAACAACUUCUUUACUGGGUCUCAAGUAUGGAGAGCAAAUCAAGCCACCCAAUGGCAUCGGCUCUUGUUGAUUAUGCUCAUUUUAACUCCGUGGAGGCGAAAUCGGAAAAUGUCACCGAAUUUCAAAUCUAUCCUGGUGAGGGGAUUUAUGGUGAAAUUGAUGGAGUAGGAGUAUAUGUUGGGAACAAAAGGAUAUUGUCAAGGGCUUCAUGUCAAACAGUUCCUGACAUAAAAGAUAUGAAAGGAGUUACCAUUGGAUACGUGGCCUGCAACAACGAAUUGAUUGGAGUAUUUAGUCUUUCGGAUUCUUGCCGAACUGGAUCAGCUGAAGCCAUCAGGGAGUUGAGAUCAAUGGGCAUCAAGUCCGUGAUGCUAACUGGUGAUAGUAAUGCCGCGGCCACAUUCGCACAAAACCAGCUGGGAAACCUCCUUGCUGAAGUUCACUCUGAACUUCUGCCAGAAGACAAAGUGAGAAUUGUCGAUGAACUGAAGGAAAAAGAUGGCCCUACACUGAUGAUUGGAGAUGGCAUGAAUGAUGCCCCGGCAUUGGCUAAAGCCGAUGUUGGAGUCUCCAUGGGUGUAUCUGGUUCAGCCGUCGCAAUGGAGACGAGCCACAUUACUCUGAUGUCGAAUGACAUCCGCAGGAUUCCCAAGGCUAUCAAGUUGGCAAGGAGGACACACCGGACUAUUAUCAUGAACAUUGUCUUCUCAGUGGUUACAAAGCUUGCAAUCGUUGCCCUUGCAUUUGCCGGGCAUCCACUUAUUUGGGCAGCAGUCCUUGCUGACGUCGGUACAUGCUUGCUGGUGAUCAUGUACAGCAUGCUGUUGCUGAGAGAGAAAGGCAGUGGAAAGGUGGCAAAGAAAUGUUCUUCUCAUCAUGGGUCUCAUUCAAAGAAGCAUGGCACUUCCCACCACUGCUCAGCUGGUCAUCACCAUGAGCAUAAAUCAACCGGAAGUUGUGUAGAUUCAUCUGCCGGUAAGCAUGCUUGCCAUGAUCAUCACCAUGAGCAUGACCACCACAAAGAGCCAAACAACCCACAUUCCACGGACAAGCAUGGCUGCCAUGAUCAUAGCCAUGGCCACAACCACUGCAAAGAGUCGAGCAACCAGUUAGUCACAAGCAAGCAUGUUUCCCAUGGUCAUGGCCAUAACCACUGCAAAGAGCCGAGUAACCUGGACUCCGCCGCGCACAAGCAUGAUAUCCAUGAGCAUGAACAUAGCCACCGUGAAGAAUCCAACGGUUCACAUUCAAUGGAUGAGCGUGCUUGCCAUGAUCACAAGCACUGUGAAGAGCCAAUCAGCUUGCUUUGUGCCACUGAGCAUGCUUGCCAUGACCAUGACCAUGACCAGGACCACGAGCAUCAUUGCUGUGAUGAACAGCAAACGUUGCACACAGCAGAUGAUCACUCCUGCCAUGACCAUAAGCAUGACGACAAUUCAAUCCAGGAGCACUCGAUAUCGAUCGAGAUUACAUCGCCUGGUCACCAUGAGGAGAAAAGCCAAUGUGGACACCACAGCGAACACAAAGAGAAAGGGUGUGGACAUCACCCAAAAGCAAAUGAUCACAUUCCGGCUGUGACCGAAUGCAGCAAGGGAAACUGUCAGAGCACAAUGAGCAGCGGGAGUUGCGAAAGCAAAGGUAAAGAAAUUUGUCCAAGCUGGCAAGUUGGUCGCACCAGAGUGGUCCGCCGGUGUUGCAGGACUAGGGUGCGCAGCUGCUGCAGCAACAGCAUGUUGAAGCUGCCUGAGAUUAUAAUAGAGUAGGAGGGAAAGUAUAUAUCAUAUCUUGGCAACCUAAAUGAGUAAAUCUUCCAUGAUCUAAAAAAUCAGAUAUCAAAGUCGCCUUGUUGGCACAUAUAGCUAGAUGGCCGUGGCUGACACAAGGUGUUUGAUCUGGUUUAGUUUUUGCUGCUGAAGAAAUGGUGUAGAGGUCUGAAUUUUGAUGAAGCAGGUAUCUUGUCUAUCUGAAAGGGUGCGGCUAUUGUUGUUUGUCGCUGGUGAUUUUGCAUCUUUUCAAAGAAUUUGAGAAGGCGCUAAACGGAGUAGCUCAUAAUAUCAGCGUGCUUGUAUAUUUACAGAAGGUGGUGGAUAAAAUCAGUUGAUAAUUGCAUACUAGGUUUUCUCUGUUUGGUUGAAGUUGUAAUUUUACUCAACUUCUGUGGACGAAAUACCUUUAACUAAGUUCAGUUAUGAGGUGUUCUGUGAA